UCCAUAUAAUCGGUUCGCGAACUGGUUCGAACACAUAUCUGUGUACACGUGUUAGUAUCAAAUUAAUUAUUAAAAGAUAUAACGAUCGAAUCAUAUAAGAUAUUUUGUGAUUAUCCGCGAGAGAAAGAAUAACCGCUUCGCUGACGUAGUUUUGGUUAUCAGUUCAUUUGAUUCGGACGUUCCGGCAACUUGUUAGUAAACAUGAGUUUCUGUGAGAACAAUAACUACACGGUGGAUGAAUGUUCCUAUGAAAGGAUUAAAGAGACGACAGAAUUUCUAAUUCAGAAAACCAAAUAUCGACCAAAAAUUGGUAUUAUCUGUGGAUCCGGAAUAGGACCCCUGGCUGACAAUUUACAAAAUGCAGAUUCCUUCGAUUACAGUCAAAUUCCCAACUUUCCCGUAAGCACAGUUCCGGGUCAUAAAGGUCGACUUGUAUUUGGCACCUUGGGUGGAAUCGAGGUCCUUUGCAUGCAAGGACGUUUUCAUUAUUAUGAAGGCUAUUCGUUGAAUAAGUGUUGCUUUCCGGUGCGAGUUAUGAAAUUACUGGGCAUAACGCAUUUGAUUGCUACAAAUGCCGCUGGCGGAUUGAACCCAAAUUAUGAAGUCGGUGAUAUAAUGAUAGUAAGAGACCAUAUCAAUCUCAUGGGAUUUGCUGGAAACAAUCCGCUCGUCGGCCAAAACGACGAUCGCUUCGGCACUAGAUUUCCGCCGAUGAGCCGAGCUUACUGUCGCAACAUGAUCAACAUAGCGAAAAAG